AUGGACGGGCAGAAUCCUCCUUCUGCACCCCAAAUCACUCUCGACACUUCAAAUCUAUCAGAGCAACCAACAUUACCGUCCCCGACCGCGACGACGUCCGGUCACAGAAGGGGAUAUAGCAUGUCAACACCGCCCCAAACGGCCAUAGACGAGGGCUCAUACUUGUCUCCGACGACCCCAGAACGCAAACAUACCUUUGAUGGAUCGACGCUGAAUUCUAGAUCGGGUUCCGUGCAAUUCGGUGACGCUUCGACUCGGUUCAGAUCGAAUUCGGGUAUUUCUGCAACUUCUAGUGUCACCCUGUACGCGAAAUCCAGCCUCGAGUAUGAGUCACCGGAGGAAGCCUUGCGGCCGGACAAAGGUAAUGAGAAGGACUUCCAGGUCCCGAACAACCCAUUUGCAUUUUCGCCGGGCGAAUUAAACAAGCUCCUCAACCCGAAGUCGCUGUCGGCCUACAAAGCACUCGGCGGAUUAAGAGGUCUCGAAAAAGGCCUUCGGACCAGCAUAACGGCCGGAUUGUCGGUAGACGAAACUCGUCUCGAUGGACAAGUAUCCUUUGCAGAAGCGACAGCAACCGGCUCGGAUAGGGCGUUUUCGGAUGUCCCCUUGAACCGAACCACCUCCGCCAUUACACUGCAGGAAGUCAAAGGCCAGUUUGAAGAUCGAUUACGGGUCUUCAGAGACAACAGACUUCCCGAAAGGAAACCAGAUGGGAUCUUGCUUCUGAUCUGGCGGGCUUACAACGACAAAAUUCUCAUCCUUCUGACUAUCGCUGCCGUCAUCUCCCUGGCUUUGGGUAUUUAUGAGACCGUUGCGGGGGAAUCAGGCGUCGAUUGGGUUGAAGGUGUAGCGAUCUGUGUUGCCAUCAUUAUCGUCGUCACUGUUGGUGCUGCCAAUGAUUGGCAAAAGGAAAGACAAUUCGUCAAGCUCAACAAGCGAAAGGAUGACCGCGAGGUGAAAGUUAUUCGAUCCGGCAAAUCUAUCCAAAUCUCAGUUCACGAUAUCACUGUCGGGGAUGUUCUUCACCUGGAGCCUGGUGAUGCCGUGCCAGCUGAUGGAAUUUUCAUCACGGGACAUGGUGUCAAGUGCGAUGAAUCCUCCGCAACUGGUGAAUCGGAUCAGAUGAAGAAGACUCCAGGAGAUGAAGUCUGGCAACGAAUUCAAGAUGGCACCGCAACCGCCAAACUCGACCCUUUUAUCAUCAGCGGCUCAAAGGUGCUCGAGGGCGUCGGAACAUAUCUCGUGACCAGCGUCGGCGUCAACAGCUCAUAUGGUAAAAUCCUCAUGAGUUUGCAGACUGAUAACGAACCUACUCCUCUCCAGGUCAAACUGGGUAAGCUUGCCAACUGGAUUGGUGGUCUUGGCUCAUCGGCCGCUGGUCUUUUGUUCUUCGUCCUCUUGAUCAAAUUCCUGGCCAAUCUGUCCGGGGACGACCGUCCGGGUCCAGAGAAGGCGCAGGAAUUCCUGGAUAUCUUGAUUGUCGCUAUUACCGUGAUCGUUGUUGCCGUCCCCGAAGGACUUCCUUUGGCCGUAACACUGGCGCUGGCCUUCGCGACGACAAGAAUGUUAAAGGAAAACAACUUGGUUCGAGUCCUCCGAGCUUGCGAGACAAUGGGCAACGCUACGACCAUCUGCUCUGACAAAACCGGCACGCUCACACAGAAUAAAAUGACCGUUGUCGCCGGUACGGUUGGAUCAAACGAGAAAUUUUCUUCCCACCCAGAGUCGAAUUCCCAUGCAGUUCCCUUCGCCACCAUGUUUGGAAAAAUUAGCGGUGAAGUCAAGGAAGUCUUCCGGCUUUCUGUCACUCUCAACAGCACGGCCUUCGAAGGAGAGGAAAAAGGUGUUCCGACGUUCAUUGGUUCCAAAACCGAGGUGGCACUCCUCACUCUCGCAAAGGAACAUCUGGGCCUUGAUAAUGUGGCAGCGGAAAGAUCAAGUUACCACGUCAAGCAACUUAUUCCCUUCGACUCGGCCCGGAAAUGCAUGGGUAUCGUUAUCCAGCAUGAAGGUGGAUACCGACUGCUGGUUAAAGGUGCGGCGGAAAUAAUGCUCGCCAGUGCCACCAAGACCAUUUCCAACAUCUACGAAAAACAAUACGAAGUGGUCGACUUGCUGGCCGAGGAAAAGGAAGCCAUCUCCGCAACCAUCGAAGACUACGCCCAACAUUCACUCCGCACUAUCGGUAUGCUCUACAAGGAUUUCCCACAAUGGCCACCUAGAGGUGCGAAGACACUGGAGGACGAUGCCAAAAUGGCUGAUUUCGCGGACAUAUUCCAUGAGAUGAUCUGGGUUGGUGUGGUUGGUAUCCAUGAUCCACUGCGCGAGGGCGUCAUCGAGGCGGUUGCACAAUGUCAACAUUCGGGCGUGGUGGUUCGCAUGGUCACUGGCGACAAUAUGACGACCGCUCGUGCAAUUGCCAGCGAUUGUGGUAUUCUCCGCAAGGACGAAGAAGGAGUCGUUAUGGAAGGACCAAAAUUCCGCCAGCUUUCCAACGAAGAGAUGGACAAGGUCCUACCGAAAUUACGUGUCCUCGCUCGUUCGUCGCCCGAAGACAAGCGUAUUCUGGUCGGUCGCUUGAAGCAUUUGGGCGAGACGGUCGCCGUGACUGGUGAUGGCACCAACGAUGGUCCUGCGUUGAAGAUGGCAGACGUCGGUUUCAGUAUGGGCAUCGCCGGGACAGAGGUUGCAAAAGAGGCUUCUUCCAUUAUCCUACUCGACGACAACUUCUCCUCGACAAUCACUGCGCUCAUGUGGGGACGUGCCGUCAACGAUGCGGUCAAGAAAUUUCUCCAGUUCCAGAUUACCGUCAAUAUUACGGCCGUGGUCUUGACCUUCGUGUCGGCCGUGUCAAGCGACUCGAACCACUCUGUGCUUACUGCCGUUCAGCUUCUCUGGGUCAAUCUCAUUAUGGAUACGCUAGCAGCGUUGGCCCUUGCCACGGAUGCACCUACCAAGAAAAUCCUGGAUCGUCCGCCGCAGCCUAAAUCCGAAGCUCUUAUCACCAUCAAUAUGUGGAAGAUGAUCAUUGGCCAAGCGAUCUACCAGCUUAUUGUGACCUUUAUCUUGUAUUUCGCCGGCAUGUCGAUUUUGGGUUACGAUGAAGACCAACGCAUGGAACUUGACACCAUUGUUUUCAACUCCUUCGUGUGGAUGCAAAUCUUCAAUGAACUUAACAAUCGCCGAUUGGAUAACAAGUUCAAUAUCUUCGAGAAUAUCCACCGCAAUUUCUGGUUCCUCGGAAUCAAUUGUAUCAUGGUAGGCGGUCAAAUCAUGAUUGUCUUUGUUGGUGGUCGCGCUUUCAGCAUCACUAGUCUGAACGGUGCUCAGUGGGCUAUCUCCUUACUCACUGCUCUUCCAUGUUUGCUCUGGGGUGUCUUGAUUAGGUGUUUCCCGGACCCAUGGUUUGCCGUUGCCUUCAAUGGUGUUGUGGGGACUAUGACAAUCAUCCUUCGACCCAUCUGGAAAGUCAUGCGUAUCAUCUUCCACCCCGUUGCGCAAGCGUUGCGUGCCGUUUCUCGAUUCGCUAAACGGACAACACGCAAGAUGUUUGACAAGAAGGCUUCCCAGGAGGAAGACGAACAAGAACAAAUUGUUGACGAAGAGCGACCGUAUACCAGAGCAACAGAGAAAGGACCAAUGACCGGCAAAGAGGGAUCUGGAAUCAUGUUCGGCCCGAAGUCUGUAUCCGCUGAAACAGACAAUAUCGACUCUGACACAAACUCGAACAACGCCACACCUUUGAGAGAUAUGCCUGUUCCGUCUGUCUCUGUGACCGGUCCCAACUAA